GGCACCGGGUGUCGGGGUCGGGCACGGUACAUGCCUGCCGACCCUGACACCCGCUCUGCCCCCCAGGCCCAGCGUGGCGGUGGGGGCACCCCGUGCCAACACCUCCCAGCCUGGCGUGGCUCAGCCCGGCGCCGUCUUUCUCUGCUCCUGGCCCCCCGACAAGACCCCCUGUCACCCCCUCCCCAUCGACACUGCGGGGGACGAGAGCGAAAGCCAGGGCGCCUUGGAGCUCCACACCUACAAGUCGCACCAGUGGCUGGGAGCGUCCGUCACCAGCUGGGAUGGCAAACUGGUGGUGGGUGCAUCCGGGGACACGUGGGCAGCCUUGGGUGGCGGCGGGGUGGACACCCAGCCUGUCCCAUCGCCGUGCCCAGGUCUGUGCCCCGCUUCAGCACUGGAACGCGAUGGAGGGGCAGCAAGAGGCGUUCCGCACCCCGACUGGCACCUGCUUUGUGUGGAGCCCGAGGCAGCGGCGCGCGGUCUGGUACUCGCCCUGCCGCGACCAGACCAUGGCCAGCACCUACCGCCAGAGGAAUUACGUGCACGACAAGCGCUACUGCGAGAUUGGCUUCAGCGCCGCUGUCACCCCGGACGGGACGUUGGUGCUGGGUGCCCCCGGCGGGUACUAUUUCACGGGUGAGUCCUUUCUGCCGGCGUUGCCACCUGGCUGGUGCUCCCGGGGUGCCCCCUUUGGGUGGGCACCACGGGAGGAGGGCACCCCGGAUGGGGUACCCCGUAAGUGCCACCCACAGUGGCACCGGCAGCCCAGGGUGGCAGCCCAGGGCCACAGCCCAGGGUGAGUGGCAGCGGGUGCCCCGUCAGUGCUGGUGUUCCCCGCCGCGGUGUUCCCCAGGGCUCGUGUACUCGGUGGAGCUCGACAAGAUCCUCGGGCGCUUCCUCGGCACAUCCCUGCUGUGGCUGGGGAGCCCCGGGCGCCCCACGGAGCCAGUGUCCAGGGCCUAUGAUGAUGGGUACCGGGGGUACGCGGUGGCUGUGGGCGAGUUUGAUGGCAACCCCAAAACCAAAGAGUAUGUGGUGGGGGUCCCCAACAAGAGCAAUACGAGAGGUGAGGUGGAGAUCUUCACUGCGGGGGACACUCUGCGUUGGCUGCAGGGCAUCGCCAGCGAGCAGGUGGCUUCUUACUUCGGGCACACGGUGGCAGUGGCCGAUGUCGAUGGGGACGGGCGGGACGACCUUCUGGUGGGUGCACCCCUGUACAUGGCCCGGUGCUCCGACGGGCAUCGCAGCGAACUGGGGCGCCUCUACAUCUACCUGGGGCGGGGACAGCAGCCUCUCUCCGGGCCCCCCCAGACCCUGACGGGCACCCACCCCUACGGCCGCUUCGCCGCCGCCAUCGCCAGCCUCGGGGACCUGGACAAGGACGGCUUCGGAGACGUGGCCGUGGGAGCCCCGCAGGGGGGUGAUAGUGGCAGCGGCCAGGUCUUCAUCUUCCGCGGGCAGAGCGAGGGGCUGGCGCCUGUACCCACCCAGCGCCUCAACAGCCCCUUCCCCGGCCCCGCCGCCUUCGGCUUCGCGCUGCGUGGUGCCACCGACUUGGACGGCAACGGCUACGCGGAUCUGCUCGUCGGGGCUUACGGGGCGGCCAAGGUGGCCGUGUACCAGGGACUACCCGUGGUGGUGGCCCAGACCCAGCUGAGUGUCCCUGACGGGCUGAACCCUGAGAUCUUGGACUGUGACCUGCCCGACUCCAGUGUCCGUGUCAGCUGCUUCCACGUGGUGUUCUGUGUCAGUGUGACGGGCCAGCACAUCCCUCAGAGCAUCCACCUGGAGGCUGAGCUGCAGCUGGACCGGCUGAAGCCCCGGCCAUCGCGGAGGGUCCUGCUGCUUCAGGGACACCAAUCUUCCUGGCAGGAGGAGCUGGUGGUGACACCGGGGACACCCCCUGUGUGCAGCAACCUCACCGCCUACCUGCGGGACAAGGCCGAGUUCAAGGACAAGCUGAGCCCAGUGGCCCUGAGUGUGGCCCUGAAGCUGACCAGAGAGGCCCCAGGGUUGGUGCUCUACGGGCACACCCUGGUGCAGGCACAGACCCACAUCAUGCUGGAGGACUGUGGUGAUGACAACCUCUGUGUCCCCGACCUCCACCUGGCCGCCGACACGCCCAGCCAACGCCUGCUGAUUGGGGCGGAGGCCGCACUGUCCCUGCAUGCCAAUGCCACCAACGCGGGUGAAGGUGCCUUCGAGGCCGAGCUGAGGGUGCAGCUGCCCCCCGGCACCCACUACCAGGCUGCCCGCAGCACCAUCCCGGGGCAGGAGAAGCUGAGCUGCAACCCCAAGAAGGAGAAUGGGACCCACGUGGUGCUCUGUGAGUUGGGCAACCCUAUGAAAGCAGGGGCCCAGAUCACCGUGGACAUGGAGCUGAGCGUGUCCGGGCUGGAGGAUAUAGGGGAAGCCAUCACGUUCCACCUCCAGCUACGGAGCAAGAACAGCCCCAGCUCCAGCAACGCGUCAGUGAUGGUGACAGUGCCUGUGGAGGCAGAGGCAGAGAUGCAGCUGCGAGGCAACUCCCUGCCUGCCAUCACGGUGCUGCCCACGAGCUGGCACUGGGUGGAGGGCAGCCAGCGGCCCGAGGACCACGGCAUCAAGGUGGAGCACGUCUAUGAGCUCCACAACAAAGGCCCCGGCAUCGUCAGCGGGGUCACUGUGAGCAUUGCCGUCCCCCACCUGCUGGGCGACCAUGUCCUGCUCUACCUGCUGGAGCUAGGCACCGAGGGGGGCAUGAACUGCUCCCACCACCCCGCCCUCAACCCCGCCCAGCUGGGGAUCUCCGGUCCGACGGCGGCAGCGCACGGGAACGGCACCCACCAGCGGGAGCGCCGGGAGGCGGAGCCGCCCCCGGGAGCCGGGCUGGGGGACUUCGUCCACGUGAACUGUGACAAUGCCACGUGCGUGGACAUCACCUGCCACGUAGCCAGCCUGGGCAAGGACCAGCGGGCACUGGUCAGUGUCCAUGCCCUGCUCUGGAUGGACACCCUGCAGCAGCGGGAGCACCUCCUGACGCAGUUCAUCAUCCAGUCACACGCGUGGUUCAACACCUCGGCCAUGCCCUACCACGUCCAGCCCCGGCUCCUGCCCACUGGCAGGGCUCAGACUGACACCCGCGUGGUACGUACCAGCCUCGGGGAAGAGGGGGCUGUGCCAGUGUGGUGGGUGGUGCUGGGGGUCCUGGCCGGGCUCCUGCUCCUCACCCUCCUCAUCCUCCUCAUGUGGAAGACGGGUUUCUUCAAGAGGACACGGCCGCCUGCCGAGGGGGACACACAGGAGGAGCCCAGUCAGGCCCAGGAGCCUGGCAGUGCCCAGGACUAGCGGUGUCCCCAGGGUCCCCCUGUGCCCCAUCCCCUCCCAGAUCCCAUUCCCCAGCCCCCCCGUGUGCUGUGGGACCGCAGCCCUGCUCUGUUCCCCCAGACAAUAAAUCCCUGCCGUGCCUUU